AUGCGAGGAUGUCUGCGGUUAGGCCGAUGGUUGAGCGCAGCGCCGAGGUGCCAGGCCGCUAGCCUUCAACCACCAAUUGGCUUUCCAUCAUUAAGAUAUACGCGAUCGUUCUCUACAUCGGGCACAUAUUCAGCACGCUCAAAAAUAACGCCAAUUAAAUUGGACACAGAUCUCGAGCAACGAAUCUCCGCGAUCCCAAUUGAACGCUAUCGCAACUUUUGCAUUGUCGCACACGUCGACCAUGGCAAAAGCACACUCUCCGACCGACUCCUCGAGUUGACGGGCACAAUCAAACCUGGAAUGAACAAACAAGUUUUGGACAAACUCGAUGUCGAGCGAGAGCGAGGAAUCACAGUCAAAGCACAAACGUGUACGAUGAUCUAUAACCACAAGGGCGAGGACUACUUGUUACAUUUGGUGGAUACUCCAGGCCAUGUGGAUUUCCGUGCAGAGGUGUCACGGAGUUAUGCCAGUUGCGGUGGUGCCAUUCUCUUGGUGGAUGCCAGUCAAGGUGUCCAAGCGCAAACGGUUGCCAAUUUCUAUUUGGCCUUUGCGCAAGGCCUCGAGCUGAUUCCUAUCCUUAACAAGGUUGACUUGCCAUCUUCGGAUCCAGAGCGGGCUCUGGAGCAGAUGAGGAGCACUUUUGAGAUUGACACUGAGAACGCCGUGAUGGUUUCAGCCAAGACUGGAUUGAAUGUUCCAGCUGUGCUACCGACAGUCGUGGAGAAGAUCCCUGCACCUAUAGGCGAUACCCAAAAGCCUCUGCGCAUGCUGCUUGUGGAUUCUUGGUACGACUCCUACAAGGGCGUGAUUUUGUUAGUCCGUGUGUUUGAUGGCGAAGUGCGUGCAGGUCAGCAACUCGUCUCAUUCGUUACGGGACUCAAGUACUAUGUGGGUGAAGUUGGGAUUAUGUACCCCACAGAGACCGCGCAAACUGUCCUCCGUGCAGGCCAGGUCGGUUACAUCUACUUCAACCCAGGCAUGAAGCGGAGCAAAGAAGCCAAGAUUGGUGAUACCUUCACACGAGUUGGUUCGGAAAAGCUCGUAGAGCCUUUACCGGGCUUCGAAGAGCCAAAGUCGAUGGUCUUCGUCGCAGUAUAUCCAGUGAAUGCGGAUCAUUUCGAGCACUUGGAGGACAGCAUCAACCAGCUCAUCCUGAAUGACCGAAGUAUCACCGUGCAGAAAGAGUCAUCCGAGGCCUUGGGUGCCGGAUUCCGUAUGGGAUUCUUGGGCACUCUCCAUUGCUCCGUGUUUGAGGACCGUCUCAGACAGGAGCACGGCGCCAGUAUCAUCAUUACACCUCCUUCCGUCCCGGUUAAGGUCGUGUGGAAAGAUGGCGCUGAGGACAUCAUCACAAACCCUGCUAAAUUCCCCGAUGACGACAGCGUCCGGCUCAAGGUUGCCGAGGUCCAAGAGCCCUAUGUUUUGGUCACCUUGACAUUCCCGGAAGAAUACCUAGGAAAGGUCAUUGAGCUUUGUGAAGCCAACCGAGGCGAGCAAGUCAGCAUUGAGUACUUCACUACAACCCAGGUCAUCAUGAAGUAUGAACUGCCUCUAGCGCACUUAGUUGAUGACUUCUUCGGAAAGCUGAAAGGAGGCACUAAGGGCUAUGCCAGUCUGGAUUACGAAGAAUCUGCAUGGCGAGCGGGUAACAUUGUCAAGCUACAGCUUUUGGUCAACAAAGAGCCGGUAGAUGCUGUAGCACGAAUCAUGCAUCUGAGCCAGGUGAACCGACAAGGAAGAAUUUGGGUUACCAAGUUCAAGGAGCAUGUCGACCGACAGCUAUUUGAGAUCAUUAUCCAGGCUGCUGUCGGUAAGAAGAUCAUUGCGCGCGAGACUAUCAAGCCAUACCGCAAGGAUGUCUUGGCCAAGCUGCAUGCCAGUGAUGUGAGUCGGCGCCGCAAGCUGCUUGAGAAGCAGAAAGAAGGCCCUAGGGGAAAAUUCAAACGAGAGACUCGAGGAUUUUAUUUUGAACCUUCAAUUUUGGUUAUUGCGGCUGACACCCGCCCAUGCCGAUCGCAUCUGUUUGAGUCACCCUGCCAUGCUCCGCAUUUGACGACGGCGAUGCAGCCUCCAGAGGGUGCGCAGGUAGACCUGGGCAAGGCCCAGGUCAUUGAUCGCGUUCCUAAGGUGAUCAAGGAAUUAAAGUUUGGUGUCUUAACCAAUGAUGAUAUUGUCGGCCAAGCCGUGGUGGAAGUUUCCGAUCGAAAAUUCUUCGACCUGGACCAAGCCCGAACAGUGGUUGCCCAUGGACCUCUCGACCAGCGUAUGGGUAUCUCGAAUAAGACCGACGCUUGCGCCACUUGCGGAAACAACCUCAAAGACUGUAACGGUCAUUUCGGACAUGUGAGGCUCGUCCUUCCUUCUUUCCACGUCGGUUAUUUCAAGCGCGUUAUCAGCAUCUUGCAAGAAAUCUGCAAGGAAUGCUCCCACAUCCUACUCCCUGAAGCCGAGCGCCGUGCGUUCCUUAAAGAGAUGCGCCGCCCCGGCCUCGAUAAUCUACGACGGAAUCAGAUUGCGAAACGAAUCAACGAACGUUGCCGGAAAACUCGUGAGUGUGGAAAUUGUGGAGCAAUCAACGGUGUCGUGAAGAAGACUGGAACUAGCGCCCUGAAGAUCACGCACGACAAGUUCCGCGCAUUCAACGCCUCAACUUCUGUCAAAAAGCAGACACCUAUUAGCAAGGAUGUGUUUGACAACUCUUUCGCAGAGGCAAGAAGUGCGAAUGCGGAGGUUGAGAAACAUUUCAAAAAGGCACAGGAUGACUUGAAUGCUCUUCGCGUGCUGAAGCUUUUCAAGAAAAUGUCAGACUCCGACUGUGAAUUGAUCGGUAUGAACCCAAAGGAGGCACGUCCGGAGAUGUUCCUCUGGCAGUUCAUUCCAGCUCCUCCAGUUUGUAUUCGACCUUCAGUGGGACAAGAUUCUGCGUCCACGGAAGAUGAUUUGACAGCUAAGCUGGGUGAUAUUGUGCAGAGCAACAUCAACCUUAAGAAUGCUUUGCUCAAGGGUGCUCCUGUUCAGACCAUCAUGGAAUGCUGGGACUACAUGCAGCUUCAAAUUGCUGUCUACAUCAACAGUGAUGUGCCCGGCCUCAAUAAAGCCGAUCUUGGAAAGCCAAUUCGAGGUUUCGUUCAACGAUUGAAGGGAAAGCAAGGUCGUUUCCGUGGUAAUUUGUCCGGAAAGCGUGUUGAUUUCUCUGGUCGAACUGUCAUCUCACCCGAUCCCAAUCUGCGUGUCGAUGAGGUUGCUGUUCCCGAGCUAGUGGCGAAGAACAUGACCUACCCUGAAGUUGUGACCAGAUACAACAAAGAGAAAUUACAGCAACGUGUGGCAAAUGGAAGUUCCAAAUGGCCUGGAGCGAACAUGAUUGUCAAGAAAGGAAACGGAUUUAAGCAGAUGCUCAAGUUCGGUAAUACCCAGUGGAUGGCCGACCAGCUACAAGAGGGUGAUAUGGUUGAGCGUCAUAUCGAGGAUGGCGACAUCGUGCUGUUCAAUCGACAGCCUUCCCUUCACAAGCUCAGUAUUCUAUCUCACUUUGCCAAAGUCCGACCUCACAGGACAUUCCGUCUGAACGAGUGUGUCUGCAAUCCUUACAACGCAGAUUUCGACGGAGACGAAAUGAACCUUCAUGUGCCGCAGACGGAAGAAGCCAGAGCAGAGGCGAUGGAGCUCAUGGGUGUGAAGAACAACUUGGCUACUCCGAAAAAUGGCGAGCCUAUCAUUUCCGCCAUUCAAGAUUUCAUUAGUGCCGCCUACAUGCUGAGUAGCAAGGACAAUUUCUUCAACCGUGCGGCUUUCACCCAAAUUUGUCUCUACAUGCUUGGCCCAGAAACGCGAUUCGACCUCCCUCCGCCAUCGGUCAUGAAGCCUCAGAUGCUGUGGACUGGUAAACAAGUCUUCAACAUUCUCAUGCGCCCUAACUUGAAUGACCCCGUCAUGGUCAACCUUGAUGCUGCAUGCCGUGAAUUCAAGAUGCCCAAGGAUGGACGACCAAAGGACUUGGACCCCAAUGAUGGUUGGCUAGUCAUCCGUAACUCAGAAGUAAUGUGUGGUGUUAUGGACAAGUCUACAAUUGGUUCCGGUAAGAAGGACAACGUUUUCUACAUUAUGCUCAGAGAUUUCGGUCCUCCGGCAGCCGCCGAAGGCAUGAAUCGUUUGUCAAAACUUUCUGCCAGAUGGUUCACCAACAUGGGUUUCUCGAUUGGUAUUACAGACGUUUACCCCAGCGCAAGGCUGGUUCAGUCGAAGAAUGACCUGGUCGAAGCAGCUUACGCAAAGUGUGACGAAGUCAUUGCCCAGUACAAGGCCGGUACCCUGGAAAAGUACCCUGGAUGUGACGAGCUGCAGACUAUGGAGAACCAGCUCUCUGGUAUUCUUAGUAAGGUCCGUCAGCAAGCUGGUGACGAGUGUAUUGCGCAGCUCAGCAAGUACAACUCGCCCCUGAUCAUGGCUACAUCCGGUUCCAAGGGUUCCAGUAUCAACGUCUCCCAGAUGGUUGCCCUUGUCGGCCAACAAAUUAUUGGUGGACAGCGUGUACAGGACGGCUUCCAAGACCGUACCUUGCCGCAUUUUCCCAAGAAUGCGCGUCAGCCCCCAUCGAAGGGUUUCGUUCGCAACAGUUUCUUCUCCGGUCUUGAGCCUCAGGAGUUCAUUUUCCACGCCAUGUCCGGUCGUGAAGGUCUGGUCGAUACAGCUGUCAAGACCGCUGAAACCGGUUACAUGUCUCGUCGUUUGAUGAAGUCUCUUGAAGAUUUGUCGUCAAUGUACGAUGACACCGUCCGAAAUUCGUCUGCCGCCAUUGUUCAGUUUCAAUACGGUGACGACAAACUGGAUCCCGUGGAUAUGGAGGGUAAGGCUAAGCCCGUCUACUUCGAGCGGACUUUCAUUCAUUGCGAGUCUACUACCUACAACAACGACGAGCGAAGUUUGUUGCCUGCUGAGAUCAUGGAGGUCUGCGAAGAGAUGCUUGGCAAGGAGCGGGCGAAGCUGCAGCGCAAGGACUUGCUAGGCAAUGAUCUUGCCUACAUGGACCGCAGUGAUCACGGUAUUGAUCAAUUCGAAAGUGCCCGUGAUUUCCUUGACUCAAUCCAGGAAUACGUGCAAGCCAAGGCCGACAAGUUGAUCUCGCGUGGUGGCGAUAAUGAUCCCUCCGACCAGCGUAGCCGUCAAGGCCUGGACCACACUGGCAAACUGACAAAUACGACGCUGAGAGCAUUUAUUACUGCUUGUCUGCUGAAGUACAAGAAGGCUCAGGUCGAACCUGGUCAUGCUGUUGGUGCCGUUGGUGCCCAGUCUAUUGGUGAACCCGGAACACAGAUGACGCUGAAAACUUUCCAUUUUGCUGGUGUCGCCGGUAUGAGUAUUACUCAAGGUGUUCCCCGUAUUAAGGAAAUUAUCAACGCCUCGCGGGAGAUCAGUACCCCCGUUGUUGCUUGCGACCUGGUCAACAAAGAGUCUGUCGCAGCCGCUCGCAUUGUCAAGGGACGAAUUGAAAAGACCUACCUCGCAGACAUCAUUCACUCCAUCACGGAAUGCUGGGACAAAGAUGAUGCCUAUCUCAAGGUUCAUAUCAAUCAACAGACGAUUGACGAUCUGCAACUUGAUAUCAAGACUCACCAGAUUGCAAAUACCAUCAAGACCCACAAGCGCUUUAAGGCAGGCGAUCUCAAGUUCUCGUGCUCGAAAUACACAAUUAAGAUCUUUAUGGAUCUUGAUCCGGCCAGCAAAGCAGGCCUAUCUAAGACUGAGAUCGCGGCCACGAGUGUUGACCCCUUCCUGCGCCUGAAGCAUCUGAAGCGUAUCCUUCCGCAUAUCCAAAUUCUGGGUCACCCACGCGCUACCCGCGCCAUCAUCCGAACAGACGAGACAUCUACCACCAACACUCUGCUCGUGGAAGGUUACGGGUUGAGGGAAUGUAUGACUACUACAGGUGUGGAUGGACUUCACACCAAAACCAAUAACGUUAUGGAAGCUCGGGAGGUUCUCGGUAUCGAGGCAGCUCGAAGCACCAUUAUCACUGAAAUCAGUGAAGUCAUGAAGGACAUGGACAUUGAUCCCCGUCACAUGCAGCUCCUGGCAGACGUCAUGACCUACAAGGGUGAAGUCUUAGGUAUCACUCGCUUCGGACUUGCCAAGAUGCGAGACUCGGUGCUUCAGCUUGCUUCAUUCGAGAAGACUGCCGAUCACCUCUUUGACGCCGGUGGUCUUGGUCGCACCGACCUCAUCGAAGGUGUUUCGGAAUGUAUCAUCAUGGGCAAGACGGUGGGACUGGGCACAGGCGCCAUGGAGGUUGUGCGCAAGUUGAACUUCUACGAAGGGCAGAUUGGCCCGCGCAAGACCGUCUUCGAAGACACUUGGUCUGAACUUUGCGAUGCCCCUCUGGCACGGAGGCCUAAGAAGAAGAUUCGGUGA